CAUUUGCCACCGCCACCUGUAAAAACGGACAGCUGCGAAUAAUUAACCCUAAUCUCUUAGCCGUUGCAGAGUCCACAAAGUUGUGGGUACUUCCAGAAUCAAUUAAAGCUGUGAUGGGUCUAUUAUUUAAAAGCAGGUUCACACGCAUCGUGUUGCCGUUUCCAGUGCCCGUAAUCGCGUGGAGUGAAAUCUCUGGGCGCUCCAAAUCAGUCUGGUCCAAUUGGUCAGGAACGAAGAAAUCCUCAUCCGCAGAAGGAGGUGCGGCGUCGUCAAUUACCAACAAGAACAGGUGUCUGCAAUUGUGCGCUGGAGUACAUCGUUCGUCGCAGUGGAAGCAGAGCCCACUGGCUCGUCGCCGCUGAUACUCACUCCGGGGAAAGCGACGCUCCGGGGGAUGGUUGCCGGACGAGACCGCGCUUCCCGAACGAGUCACGGAGGUCGCCGGCAUGGGGCCCGCGACUGGGCGGCUACCGGCCGAACUCACGAACGAGGUCGCCGGCGAACGCGUCUGGCCUGGUCGCGGCACGUGGGCCGCGGACUGGUGCGACUGGUGCGAACCACCUGCGAAGGGGACAGGGAAAAACGAAGGGUCAGCGGCGUACGGGUGCGAAAACCAGCACUGCUUGCGCGAGGAAAACCGGGCAAUAUUCAUCGCUACAUCCAGGUUGAGAGGAUGUAGAUUUUCCACGUCGAUUCGCAACCACUCGUCAAGGCCUGCAGUGUACAGAUCGACCUCUUGGUCUUGGCGAACCGUUGUGGUGAGGCCGAGAAUUUCCUGAAACUCGUCGGUGUACUCCUCCACCGGUCGGCCAUUCUGACGGACGCUGGUGAGCAUGCCAAGGGCGUCUCCCCGGAGACCAGGUUCGAAGCGAAGGUAGCAUCGCUGCUUGAAGUGCUGCCACGAGAUGGCCGAAUCUUCCAACUCCAGGCGAAGGUGCCAUGUUUGCGCCACACCGGUAAGAUGAAACGCAGCCAAGCUCACGAACUCCCUAGCCGGGGUGUUCUGUGCUUUAAAGAAUUGCUCUCAACGAUGGAGCCAAGCCGACGGAUCCUCACGCCCAUUAAAGCGUGGGAACUCCAACCGGGCGAACUUCGGCGUCGUCGCGGCAGGGACGUCCGACGGCCCUGUUGCCUGCGCCUCCUCGGCCGGAGGACGACUCCCGUGCUGGCUGCCGGAGUCGUCAGUUGCUGGUCCUUUUCCGGCCAGUAGCUGCCGGAGCAUCUGCCGGAUCUCGCCCUGCUCUGUCUGCAUAGCUGUGAUAGCAGCUUGGAGGGCCUGGACAGAUUCAGCUGAGGCGUACUCGCCCAUGACGUCAGGCUUUGAUACCAAAUUUGUUGCGGGCUCGGGGUCUUGAGAACGCGUCACUGGGCGAUGUGCGGGGGGAAUGGGUGCUUUGGAACCUCUCCUACCUAUAACACAAAGAUUAGAAAAGAAAGUUGAACGAAGUUUUGGAGUUCUUCCUCUCCCAAUUAUCAUUAAUUCAAUUCUCAGAAAAUGCUUGAUGAUAACAAUCUAAAUCCUAAGCUUUAAAUAAUAAAAAAUGCAACAGUCAUAAACGGUAACUUGCACAGAAAUAGGAAAUCUUAACAGUAAAGAAUUCAAAAAUUACUAAUAAAUAGUCUCCUGAACUGGUUAUGCAGCUGCCUUGCGUCGUUGAUAUGUUCUUCCAACGAAUGCAUCAUCCAACUACCUCUUUCCCAUCCCACUAAAAGAGGGUUUUCAAGGUUACCUGAACCGAGAUUCUGAGCAUGUGAACUCUGUUAGUCCUAGUCAUUUCUGGCUAGAGUUGGAGUAGCCAUGAAUAGUGGUAGUUGUUGUUGAGAGUUCCACUAGUUGGACUUGGUUUUCACCCACUGUUGCAUCUAGCUUCUACACUAUUGAUUUUCUCCUUAAUUUCCUUCAAAUUAGCAGCUAUAUUGAUCUGAACAAGCUUUAGAUUCCAAGAAUGAACUGCUUUGAUAAUUGUUGAGUUUAUUCCACCUUUGAUCUUUCAACUAUAAUGAUAUUUUCACUUUUGGUCAUUAACUUUGAUUCAUUCCACUUUUGAUUGUUGAUUUUGAAAAUGUUUAAAUUGUAGCCCUAAAUACUCAAAAAUGCCCUUUGUGACCAAACCUCACCCGGCCUACUACAUCUAACUAUCUAAGGGUAUUUUGGACUGAAAGUUCAGAACUAAAAGUGAAAGGAACUCAUAACAAUUUGUAAUCACAAAUUCACAACCUUGGCUCAUUUACCAAAUUCAAACGGAGAUUUAGCUAAGAAGAUGAAGGUUGAGAGAGAGGAGCGAAGUAGUUCAGAAAAGUUGUGAAAUUGUAUUGUGAAUUGAGUUCUGUUACCACUUAAACAACUAAAACAACUACAAAGAGGCCUUCUGUCCAUUGGUAAAUUAUUCUAGAUCUUUCCCAAGUCUUCCUGAUGCUUCAGUCUUCAUUGUAGUUUCUCAGUUGUUCAGCCUUAAUCGGAGGUGGCAAUCUCAUACUUCCAUUGAACUUCUGGUCUUCUCUUCAAGUGAAAUAAAUGAAGGCUAUUAUGAUGAUUAUGGAUUUACGGCUGGACUGAAAAGCAUAAGAAAUACAAAGACUGAAAUACUGAAUAAAUGAUAUUAUGUAUAUAUUACCUGUCACUGCUUUUGACUUGUUCUAUUUCCUUGGCAGAGGCUAUCAGGAGCAUCAUUACUGAUUUUUGCAAAUAAGCAAGACAUACAAGGUUCUCUUUGUCCCUAUGAAAUCGCUAAGGUGCUUAAUCUGGAUGCUAUGGAUAAAACCCGGCACUGGAGAAUUGUGGGAUGUAGUGCAUAUACCGGAGAAGGGCUCCUCGAGGGAUUUGAUUGAGACUUAAAUUUUUGUAAACUGCAAAAGCCAAUUCUUUGAGAUUUGAAGAAUUCAUACCAGAUAGUUAACUAACUGACGUUAUGUCUUCAUUGGCAUCAAUGAAAUCCACCGCUGAAUCUCUCUGCAAUGCCAAGAGGCUUAGGGAAGCCUUGGCACUCAUCUUCCACAACCCAACUGGAGCAGACUACACUCUGUACUCGAAACUUCUUGAUCUUUGUAUCGACCUAAAGGCCAAAAGCCAUGGCCAUUUGAUUCAUGCCCAUUUGAUAAAAAAUGAUUUUCCGUCGAGCCUACACCUGAACAACAAGCUGAUCAUAUUCUAUUCGAAGUUUGGUGAGAUGGAAGUCGCUCACAUGGUGUUCAACAGAAUGCUUGAGCGGAAUUUGGUUUCUUGGACUGCGUUGUUGUCGGGAUAUUCUAAGAAUGGUGACUCAAGAGAAGCUCUGGGGGUGUUUUCUACAAUGCACCGGGAGGGUUUAAAGGGUAAUCAGUUUACUUACGGAAGUGCCUUGAGGGCGUGCACCAGUUUGCUGUGUUUGGAUAGAGGGAGGCAAGUACAAGCGUGUAUUCAGAAGAGUAGAUUUGUUGGGAAUUUGUUUGUGCAGAGUGCAUUGCUUGAUUUCCAUUCGAAGUGUGGGAAAGUUGAGGAUGCUCGUUGUGUUUUUGAUUCGAUGUCAACAAGGGAUUUCAUAUCAUGGAAUGCAAUGAUUGGUGGAUAUUCUUUUCAGGGGUUUGAUGAUGACGCGUUUCUGAUGUUCCAGUUGAUGCUUAGAGAAGGCAUGCAUCCUGAUUGCUUCACCUUUGGAAGUAUGCUGAGAAACUCAUUUGGAAGUUGUAGGGUUGUUGGACUCACGAAGGUCAACAUAAUACAUGGUUUUAUCAUUCAACUGGGUUAUGAGUCGAAUAAUGUAUUGAGUGGAUCUUUAAUUGAUGCCUAUGUCAAAUGUGGAAAUUUGGCUGGUGCAAAUUGUCUCUAUAAUAAUAUGAAGAUUAAAGACACCAUAGCAUGCACUGCAUUAAUUACGGGGUAUGCUCGUGAAGGUAGGAGCAGUGAUGACUGCCUGGAACUCUUCUCUGAGAUACACCGAAUGCAUGGGGGAAUUGAUAGUGUAAUAUUGUGCUCAAUGCUCAAUAUGUGUGCUAAUUCAGCAUUGCCGGCUCUAGGAAGGCAGAUGCAUUCUCUUGCAUUGAAAUAUCAAAGUAAUCAUGAUGUAGCAUUGGGAAACUCUUUGAUUGACAUGUACUCAAAAACAGGUGAAAUUGAGGAUGCAAAGAGAACUUUUGAUCACAUGAAAGUGAAGAAUAUAAUUUCAUGGACAUCAAUGAUCUCUGCUUAUGGUAUGCAUGGCCACGUAGAGGAUGCAAUUUUGCUUUACAAGAAGAUGGAAUCUCAAGGAAUUUAUCCGAAUGAUAUAACGUUCUUGUCUCUCUUCUCUGCUUGUAGCCAUACUGGGUUGACUGUGGAGGGUUGGGAAUGCUUCCGCAAUAUGGUUGGCAAGUAUAAAAUGUUGCCGCGGUCAGAACAUUAUGCCUGCAUGGUAGACCUUCUCGCACGUGGAGGUUGUUUGGAAGAAGCCCACGAUUUGAUAUGCAGGGGGGAUAUUAAGCCCGAUGCCUCUCUUUGGGGCUCAAUUCUUGGGGCAUGUAGUAUGUAUGGAAAUAUGUCUCUUGGAGAAGUAGCAGCGAAGCACUUAUUUAGUAUGAAACCCCAGGAGUCUGCUAACUAUGCUGUCCUAGCUAACAUAUAUGCAUCGGGAGGUUUAUGGCAGAGGGCAUCCGAUGUACGGGAACUGAUGGUAAAUAGAGGGUUACUGAAAAACCCUGGCUAUAGCUUUAUCCAGUCAAAGAGUAAUAAGAUAGCACUUGCUCCUGCUGUUCAAGAAACUGAUCCAAGUCAGUUCCUUAAGAAUGUCAGAUCCAAGUGCUUUAAUUUAGCACCAGUUUAGUUUUCGAAUGGUUUCUGGGUUGGGCAUUGGGUCCUAUGGUGGCAUUCCAUAGGCCUCUAAAUCUGUAGCCUGCAUAAAGGUUGAUUGUGCCGUUCAAGGACCUGGAUUUUUUGCCAGUGCAACUCUUCAACUUGAUGACCUUAUUCUUGAAAUUGCUAAGAAGGUUAAAGAUCCUGAUACGGAGAUGAUGACAAUAUUUGAGAAAGAAACAGGUACCAACCAAGUUAUGAAUGCUUCCAAAACUAUGAAAUUUGUUUAGCCAGUCAAUUACACCCACUUGACUUUUGUUUGCAAUUGCAAUGAUCCAGAGACUUAGCCGAGUAGAUUCAGAUUUUGCUCCAUUUUUGCAACAUGCUGGAAUUCCUUCCAUUGAUAUGUACUAUGGCAAAGUUUUACCCUCCUAUUGCAGAUUUCCCAGUAUACCACACAGCCUUUGAUUCUUACAACUUGAUGGUGAACUCUGGGGAUCCAUUGUUUCAUCAGCAUGUAGCGGUAACAGGAGUUUGGGGACUUAUUGGUCUUCACCUCGCUGAUGAUGCAAUUCUACGUUUUAACUACUUCUCUUAUGCAAGACAGUUACUGGGGUAUAAGCAUAUCUUGACUGAAAAUUUGGGAGGGAGCUUUUAUGGCUGAAGCUGUAGAAAUUGAGGAAGAAGUGAAGAAACUGAGCGAGGAUAACCGUUUUAUUCUGAAGAGGCGAAUGUUAAAUGAUGGAUUGCUAUUUGCAGAAAGGGGUUUCUUAGAUGCAUAAGGGCUUCCAGGAAAGCAAUGGUUCAAGCAUCUUGAAAGCAUUUGUCCCAUAACACUAUAAUGACUAUAUAUUGUUUUAUUGAACAGUAGACCAGAGGUUUUAGAAGAGUUUGUAGCUAGCUUGAUACUUCUGAACCUGAUAACAUAUGAAACCACAUAUUUCAUCCAACAAGGAGUUUUUGAGAUCCUUUUGAAAUUCACGAAUGUUGUUUUCAUAUGCAAUAAGUGAAUAGCUUUGAUAUUUA